AUGUCCUGGCAACAGAAUCCUUACCCGCCUCCUCAAGGCUACGGUGCACCACCCCCUCAGGGCUACGGUGCUCCACCUCCCAUGCCUCAAGGUGGCUAUGGCGGAUACGGUCCUCCCGGUGGACCACCGCCUCCUCACGCUGGUGGCUACGCGCCUCCUCCUCAAGCUCCCUACGGCGGUGGCUACGCUCCUCCUCCUGGCCCACCGCAGCACCACCACCACCAGCCUCAUCACCAUGCGCACCCGCCUCCUCCUCAACAUGGCUACGGCGCCCCUGUCCCACCUCCAAGCAGCGCAGGAGGCGCCUUCUACCUCGGCGUCUCCGUCCCACCUCCUCCGCCCAACAUGCCCUCUCCACCCCCACCUGGCUACAACGUAGCCCAAGACGUCGAACGCGUUCGCAAGGCCACCAAAGGCUUCGGUACCGACGAAGGCGCGCUCAUUGCCACGCUCGCCCCUCUCGACGCCUACCAGAUCGACGCGCUUCGACACCAAUUCAAGGCCACCGUCGGCAAAGACCUCCUCACGGUCCUCGAAAAGGAGACUUCAGGCUGGUUUGAGGCUGCUCUGCGAGCUAAAGUCCUCGGUCCGGUCCUGUACGACUGCUGGCUCAUCAAGCGUGCCUGCCAGGGCGCAGGCACACACGAGGAUCUGCUCAACGAAGUCCUUCUCGGUCGCACCAACCUCGAGAUGCACGUCCUCAAACAGGCCUACCAGGCGACGUACGGCAAGAACAUGGAGAAGGUGGUCGAGGACGAGCUGAGCUUCAAGACCAAGCGCAUGUUUGUCAUGGCCAUGCAGGGGGUCCGACAGGAGGACAACGUGCCUGUUGACCCGCGUGCGGUCGAGGCCGACGUGGCCGCGUUGAAGAGCGCAGCACGAGGUGCGGGGACGGACGAGAUUGCUAUCUGCGGUAUCUUGCUUCAGCGCAGCACGCCUCAUCUGGCCGCUGUGGCUCAGGCUUAUCAGCAACGUCACCGCGGCUCGCUGUCCAAGAUGAUCGACACCGAGUUCUCCGGUCACAUGAAGGACGCGCUGAGGUACAUCGUCGAUGGCGCGGAGCACGAUGGUCAAGGUGUCACCCGAGACGCAAGACUGCUGGAGGACAGCAUGAAGGGCAUGGGCACCAAAGACGAACGUCUCGUCUACCGAGUCGCUCGAUUGCACUGGAAUAAGCCCAGAUUCGAGGGCCAGAUCAAGCCAGCGUAUGCUCAGCUGUUCCAUAAGAAGGGCCUCAAGAACCGCGUCGAGGGCGAGACUAGCGGCGACUACAAGCGCAUGUUGUCGGCCAUGAUCGGGUCGUGA